AUUUUCAUAAAUGAAAAUAUCCUCGACCAAAGACGUUGCAAAUGCUGUAACAGAAUAAUCCUUGGUAUACCAUCGAGAGGUGGGCGAGAUGUCGGCCACAGAAAAGGCAGUUUGCAGUUUGACUAUGCCGUAUCCGUCCACUGUCGGAAAGAAUACAAAUUGUGUGACUAGCGCUAUGCCAGUGUCUGAGGACAUGGAUUCCUCCAAUCCAACUAGUACCACCGGACACUCCAAUGACUGUAAUGGUGGAACUAAUGGGGUCAGCAAAGACAUCAGUCUCAACUUUACACAGACAUUUCUUAAUCUCAAGGCUCUCAAUGGACAGGCAAAAAUUGGCAAUGAAGACAAGAAAACUGCAACUAAAGAGGAGGAUAUUGUCAUUCUGGACCACAGUCCAUCAUCGGAUGCUAACCCAAAACCAGCUGUGUCUAGCACUUCUUCCUCAUCAAGUCUUUUGCCUGCAUCACUGAUGCCAAAGCCUCCUGUCUCUUUGGCCGACGGUGUUAGGCAAACAACCAGUAGUGUAUAUGAACACCCCAAAGCUAGUAAAUUUGAAAUUAAUGACAGAGUGCGAAGUUCUUUCAAAGAUAUUAUGUCCAAAAUUCAGGAAAAUACUCCAAGUUUACAGAAUCUUCUAGCUAAAACCAAAGAUUUAGACACGCGUGAAAGGAAAGAGGAGAGAGAAAGACUUGAGCGUGAACAGGCUGCGAAAGCCAUGUCAACAAUGGGAAAGGGGAGUGGUGAUAAUGUAUUUGAGAACUUGAAAGGAUUAAACUGUGAUACUGACCUUAUAGAGAAACCUGUCCCAAAAAGUGUUGAACUUGUUGCUGGUUCCACUGCACUAAGUAUAAAACCGUCUACAUCUAGUAGUAAAAAGGAUCAAGAUGUGAUUUUAUUGGAUGAUUUGGAGGAAGACUCAAAAAAAGAAAGUGUGGAAAGCUCUAAUAUGAUAGCGGAGGAGCAGAAGGAAGAGGUAAAACCAGAUGUAUCUGAGGAGACUGAAGCCACACAAGCCUGUGAUAAUUCUAACAAUGUGCAAUCAACAAUCAGGGAUUCUUCUAAGUCUCCAAUUUGUAUUGAUAUAGACAAUAUGUGUGAAAAUGAAAAUGCUAAAAAGUCUGACAGCAGUAGCACACUGAAGGCAGAGGAGGAGCUACUCAAAAUAGACAAGGAGGAAGAAAUUGCAGAUAAAAAAGAAGAGGAAGAAAUGGGUAUCAAUGAAGAAGAGGAACGACUUCUUGCUUCUGAUUCUGAUGAUGACAAAGUCACAAACACUGCUGAUGGAGACAAAGAGGCAAAUAGAAAUCAGGAAACACCUGAAAAAGAAACCCAAAAGAUGGAGAUGGACGGAAAGGAUGAAAAGGGUGACAGUUCAAUGAUAGCAAUAAAGCAAGAGGGAAAAGAUAAUGAAUCUGGUGAUAUGAAAGUAAGGGACAAUGAUGUAGAAAUAGAUGUCAAAGGAAAAAAUGUAACAUCACAAAUUAUGAAAGAAAAAGAUAUAAAAACGGUUGAUUCCAAGGGAAAAGAAGAUGGUAUUAGUGUCAAUGAGGAGGUAGAAGGUGAGGUGAAAAAGGAGAUGGAGGAAGAGUUGGAGGUGAAAAUGGAUGUAGAUGGGGAUGAAAAUAGCCAGUCUAGUUCAUCCAGUAGUAACUCUAGUACUUCAAAAAGCAGUCAACGGGAUGUAGAAGGCCAGAAGGAUGUGAAGAUUGAAGUUAAAUCUGAGGAGAGUGGUACUUUAGCUGCUGAAUCUACAGAACGUAAACGGCCAGCAGACAGCUCAAGUUUAUCAGCCCAACCAAAGCGUUCUCGCCUUGACAUGGUCAUUGGCAAACUAGGUUCAGCAAUAGGCAUCCAGCCAGAUAGUCUAAAGGAUGAACCUGACGAGGAGAUGUCUGACAUUGAAGAGUCACAUGAGAGUGAAGUGACAGAAUCUGUCAAGUCUGAGGACACCACCUCCACUGUCAGUGAGGAUGAAGAUGACAGCCAAGACUCUCCAAAAAAGAAGGCAAGAGUGAAAAGACGCAGGAUACGGCUGACAGAAUUUGAGUUAGAACAGAUUGUACGUACAAAAGUAAAGAUGUACAUGAAAGUAGAGAGAGAUGAAAAAUACAAGGAAUUACAGGAAAAAGUUGAGGAGCUUACACAGAAUGUGGAUUUUUGGAAAUCCAACUAUCGUGAACUGGAACGCCAAGUCCUGAAUGUCACUAUUUUGCAACAAAAACAUGAGAAGAGAAAAGCCAAGACGGCAGCUCUCAGGGAAUUGAGUACAAAAAAUGUUGCGGUUCAAGUUGAUGAAAACAAGGCAAACCAUAUGAACCAGCUUGGCCAACAAACAACACCAACCAAGGGUAGCCAGACAGCAUCCAAGACUCCUACCAAGACUAACUCUGUUGGAGCAUUCCAGCCCAUCCUUGUGAAGAGCUCAACAUCUGGGGUAACCACUGGGGCAACUACUCCCAUCCUGGCCCCACCCCACACCAGUGUCGUACUCUCUACCAACACUGUGCCUCCUAAACUUACGCCUAUGACAGUCACUAAGAUAUCUCAGAGUCCAGUGACCUCUGGUUCUCCCUGUCUCCUCCAGAGCCUUACUACAACUGCUAAUGUUGCUAACAAUGCCCUUCCAAAGACAGUGAUGGCAGGACCUAUGGAUCGCUCUGUAAAAACCCUUUUAGAUAAUAAGCGUAUGGUAAUGCCAGCCACUAAAUUAAUAGGGACCAAUACUCCUGGUUCUGGUCUUAUACCAGUCCUGGUAACCACCAGUCAGCCAAAUGUGCUGACACGUCCCCCUCUACUGGCCAAGCCCAGCAACACCUUGACCAUUUCUGCACCAGGUCAAAGUCGACCUGGUGAUGUGGUUGACUUGACUGGAGAGGAGGAUACAGGUAUGAAACGAUAUACAACUCCUGCUGCCCCCACAAGCCUAGUCACAGGUGUUCCUCAAGGCAUUCCAGUAACCACCGUCCAGCCAGGGGGACUUGUUCCUCAGCCGAUUCUCCGCCCGACUAUUCCCAGUCAAGCUCAUGGAGUUGCCAAUAAUUCAGGAAUCCUUCUCAGUACUCCAACUGGCACACAAAUAAUGCGCAACCCUCAACAAACCUUCCAGAUAGUGUUCAACUCUACUUCACCUGCAAUACGCCCAGGAAGUCUGCUCACUGUGAUGCAGGGUCCUGGUGGAAGUAACCAAAUAAUUCGGCCAAUCAUGACUACAACUUCAGGUCAGCCGCCUCAACUCCGAGCUGCAGCUUCAACACAGCCUCCAAUACAACGGGCUAACCUGUCCAAGAAUGUGGCAUCCUCAAAUGUCAAGAUAAUGACCCGUCCUCCGCCACCUCUACAGGUUGCCCCUCCAACACUACAGGUCGUUCCACCGGUCAACUCUGCACCUCCACCGAAAGUUCCAGAACAUCACCAUCCAGCUCCUCUCCCUGUAGCCUCUUCUGACCAAGUCAAACCUGGGCAGAAGCCUUUACCACCUAAACCCACUCUCAAGAUCUCCAGGGUCAGUCAAGGUAUUGUAUUGUCAUGGAACAUGACACUGAAUCAAACUCCCCAUGCUGAGGUGGCCUCCUACCAACUGUUUGCCUACCAGGAAGGCAGCUCACAACCAACCACUGCACUAUGGAAAAAGGUUGGUGAUGUGAAAGCACUUCCCCUCCCUAUGGCAUGUACUCUGACACAGUUCCAGGAGGGCAACCGCUAUCACUUUGCAGUAAGGGCAGUAGAUGUCCACAGUCGAGUGGGACCAUUCAGUGAACCAAACACAAUUCACCUCACAUCCAAAAAGGAUUAAUUCUAUGCAUCUCUGGUGUCAAUAGUGGAAACAACACAAACGAAAUAUUGGAAAAAAUGCCAUUUUCAGAUUAUACAAUUGUUAAAAAGCAAACAGAACAUGUAUUAGAAGCACAGCCUUAGAUAUAUAGUCUACAUUCUACAACAGACUAAUUAUCUAUUUGAUAAUGACAUCUUUCUCUAGGAUUAUUUCAGAAAGCACAUCCACAAAGCCUCGUCACACAUAACUAUUGUAACAGUUAAAAUGACUACUAUUCCAAUUGAUUUUAAUAAUUCUACAACUGUCAGCUCAAUACACAAAUGUUACUCAUGUUUGAGGAAAGCUGUACAAAGCAGACUUGACAACUAUAUAGUGAAGAUUAUUUGCAUGGCAGCAUAAUUCAAAACUUUCAUCAUUUUUAAGGUAAUGCUUGGAAAAAUGAACCUGCUUUUGUAAAUUGAAGGUCUGUUUUUGCUUGAGCAACAACACCAAAUCUCAGGAGCUCCCACAUUUUACCUCAGUUUUCUAUCAUGAUAUUUUAGAAUGGAAUCAGAGCAUUUGUAUCUGGUAUGCUCAAUAUUGACAACAAAGAUUUCAGGCGUACAUAUGAAAAGCCUACGUUCUACAGGUAUAGACCUUAAUCAUCUAACGUACCAUUUUGAUAUUGUUUGUCAAGAACAGGAAAGCUGGCUUCAUUGUAAUGGAUAUCAUUUAGUGCUGUAAAAGACUAACUUCCUGUUCAAGGAUGACAAAACUGGUCUAACCUGUAAAAGACUAGCUUCAUAUUCAGGGGUGACAAGACUGGUCUAACCUGUAAAAGAUUAGCUACGUAUUCAGGGAUGACAAGACUGGUCUAACCUGUAAAAGACUAGCUUCGUAUUCAGGGAUGACAAGACUGGUCUAAUCUGUAAAAGACUAGCUUCCUAUUCAGGGAUGACAGACUGGUCUAAUCUGUAAAAGACUAGCUUCUUAUUCAGGGAUGACAGACUGGUAUUAGACUAGUUACUGACUUUAGCAAAUUUGACAGUCUUCUAGACUAUUACUCCAACUUGGCCACCUACCUUAACUCAGGAGCCUGAACUGUUACACCUGGACCAGCAACAAUCUGUAAAUGGAUGGCUAACUAGUACUAUACCUUGAUUUCCAACCUUUGUAUGCAUGGUAGAGGCUAGAUCUAGACUACCUACCCUCACAAAAGUGGCAGGCUAGAUCUUGGCUACUAACAAGUAUAUGGGUGACAGAUUAGACCUUGACAGUCUACCUGUUCAUGCAUGACAGAUUACACAUUUACCAUCUUCCUAUAUAUUGGUGACAAAAAAGACAUUGACCACCUACCAGUUCUUGCUAGACAGAAUACACCUUGGCUACCAUCCUGUACAUGGGUAGCAGUCUAGACAUUGACUACCUGUAUAUGGGUGACAGACCACACUUUGACUACCUGUAUAUGGGUGACAUACUACACAUUGAUUACCUGUAUAUUGGUAACAGGCUACACAUUGAUUACCUGUAUAUUGGUAACAGACUACACAUUGACUACCUGUAUAUGGGUGACAGACUAUACAUUGACUACCAGUAUAUGGGUAACAGACUACACAUUGACUACCAGUAUAUGGGUAACAGACUACACAUUGACUACCAGUAUAUGGGUGACAGACUAGACAUUGACUACCUGUAUAUGGGUAACAGACUACACUUUAACAACUUGUAUAUGGGUGACAGACAACACAUUGACUACCAGUAUAUGGGUAACAGACUACACAUUGACUACCUGUAUAUGGGUAACAGACUACACAUUGACUACCAGUAUAUGCGUAACAGACUACACAUUACCUGUAUAUGGGUGACAGACUACACAUUGACUACCAGUAUAUGGGUGACAGACUACACAUUGACUACCAGUAUAUGGGUAACAGACUACACAUUACCUGUAUAUGGGUGACAGACUACACAUUGACUACCAGUAUAUGGGUGACAGACAACACAUUGACUACCAGUAUAUGGGUAACAGACUACACAUUGACUACCUGUAUAUGGGUAACAGACUAGACAUUGACUACCUGUAUAUGGGUGACAGACAACACAUUGACUACCAGUAUAUGGGUAACAGACUACACAUUGACUACCUGUAUAUAAGUAACAGACUACACAUUGACUACCUGUAUAUGGGUAACAGACUACACAUUGACUACCUGUAUAUGGGUAACAGACUACACAUUGACUACCUGUAUAUGGGUAACAGACUACACAUUACCUGUAUAUUGGUAACAGGCUACACAUUGAUUACCUGUAUAUUGGUAACAGACUACACAUUGACUACCUGUAUAUAAGUAACAGACUACACAUUGACUACCUGUAUAUGGGUAACAGACUACACAUUACCUGUAUAUGGGUGACAGACUACACAUUGACUACCAGUAUAUAGGUAACAGACUACAACUUGACUACCUACAUUGACUGAUUUAGUUAUUUAUUUUCUGUUUCAAUAUUGAAAUGCCAUUUAAACAGAUUGAAGGUUGUCAAUGAUAAACUGUUCUUGUUAACUGAAUUUAUAGUUGCUCAAAGCCAGAGUGAUGUUAGUGUGGGAGAUUCUGAUCAAUUUGUAUAUGGCUGAUUUUGACCAUGUUACUGUGUAUGUCUUACCAGCUUGACCACUUAUAUGGACAUUGAGGUAUAUGUAAGCCAUUUGUGUAGAGAAGAUGGUGUAUAUGUAUAUAAGGCUGGUAGUAUAUUUAUAUACUGUAUAUACCUGUGAACUAGUUAUCCCAACACAUGUAAAUGGACAGUGUGUGAGUAGCAGAGGAGUGCAUCAUGUCACUUCUUUUUAAUAGAGUGUUUGGGCAUUUUCUUGUUCAUAAAAAAUGUAUAUAUAUUAUAUUUUAUUGUGUACAAUUCUUCUCGAUUUCAUCGUAUUUUAAUAUUGUGUCCUAAAAUAGAAUUUUUCCAGAAAUGGCUGACAUGUUAUUUUACUGUUUGUACAGUAAAGACAUUAAAAUAAA